UCCAGCAACGCUAACCAUGGUCAUAGUCGGUACAAUCAACGGAUGGACAACGAUUUCUCUUCUUUAUUUAAUAUCCGGGACCGGCGGCGUGCCGCUAACGUUAACACACGACGAAGCUUCAUGGAUGGUUUCUUUCACAGUACUUGGUUCAAUGAUCGGUUCACUUCUAGCUGCACAGUUGACCGUCCGCUGCAGUCGUAGAAAUUGUUUCCUUUUAUGCAACACAAUGUUCACGGUAGGCUGGUUCAUCAUCUUCCUCGCAACUUCCGUGCGAAUACUAUUCCUUGCUCGAGUGAUUCUCGGUAUAGGCGUUGGUAUUGCCCAUACGGUAAAUCCCGUGUACGUGUCAGAAAUCGCCGACAUCAAAAUCAGAAGCAACCUAGGUAUUCUAACCACAGUGAACGUAUCUACCGGGUCACUAGUAACCUAUGCUCUAGGAGCCUGGAUGACGUACGAAUCACUGCUGCUGCUUCUUGUAAUAAUAUCCUUUAUAUGCUUCUUGUCGGCCACGUGUUUCUCCGCAACUCGGUAUAUUUCGGUGACAACAGAUCAAGAGAUGCAAGCACGGAAGUCGAGACUAUUUUACAGUAUCAUCGAACAUCCUCCCAGUGAGGAAAUAGAACUACGUGCUCCACGCGCACAAACCAGACACGAAUUACACUCACAAUACACAAGCGAAAUACAGCCACACUACACAAGCGUAGUACACACACUAUCCGCAAGAGAAUUACAACAACCAUCCACCAUCGAAAUACACACAGAACCCACAAGCGAAUUACACCUACCAUCCACAAGCGGAACACAGCAACAAUCCACGCGCAAAAUACACACAGAACCCACAAGCGAAUUACACCAACCAUCCACAAGCGAAAUACAGCCACACUACGCAAGCGUAGUAUACACACUAUCCGCAAGAGAAUUACAACAACCAUCCACCAUCGAAAUACACACAGAACCCACAAGCGAAUUACACCUACCAUCCACAAGCGGAACACAGCAACAAUCCACGCGCAAAAUACACACAGAACCCACAAGCGAAUUACAGCAACCAUCCACAAGCGAAAUACAGCCACACUACACAAGCGUAGUAUACACACUAUCCGCAAGAGAAUUACAACAACCAUCCACCAUCGAAAUACACACAGAACCCACAAGCGAAUUACACCUACCAUCCACAAGCGGAACACAGCAACAAUCCACGCGCAAAAUACACACAGAACCCACAAGCGAAUUACAGCAACCAUCCACAAGCGGAAUAAAGCCACAAUCCACGCGCGAAAUACACACAGAACCCACAAGCGAAAUACACACAGAACCUACAAGCGAAUUACACCAACCAUCAACAAGCAGAAUACAGCCACAAUCCACGCGCGAAAUACACACAGAACCCACAAGCGAAAUACAGCCACAAUCCAUAAGCGAAGUACACACACACUCCGCAAGAGAAUUACAACAACCAUCCACAAGCGAAAUACACACAGAACCCACAAGCGAAUUACACCAACCAUCCACAAGCGGAAUACAGCCACAAUCCACGCGCGAAAUACACACAGAACCCACAAGCGAAAUACAGCCACAAUCCACAAGCGAAGUACACACACAAUCCGCAAGAGAAUUACAACAACCA